ACAGUCCAAAAUUAAAAUUAGAGUUAGACAAUUAAAGAGCGCUAGAUGGUUCAAAGUUAUUUUAUUCGGUAAACAGCAGCGGUCCAAACUUUUGGUUUAACAUUUUGGGAACCAUUUCCUGCAGAAACAGAAAGGCGUAGUUGGGGUUGGGCUUCCCUUUCUCCACCAGUUAAUUAUGCACCCAUCUGUUAUCUUAGCAUCAAAAUUUGUCAUAUGAGUAGCAAGGAAAACUCAUGGAGAAGAAAUGCCAUAUCAAUCUCAAGAAUCUCCCUCUUCCUCCAGAUCCCGCCUACUCCGAGUCCCAGGUCAAGAAAAUCAAAACAAAUUUUAGGUAUGUGCCCAAAGCUGCAAAGCCAGGGCAAGAAGAGGGAAGAAAAGAAGUAAAAUUUGAUCACGAGGCAAACACUGAAGCAGAUUUAUUUGCAGACAUAAAUAUAGUGCAAAAACAGAGCACGAAUGAAGAAGAAGAAGAAGAAGAUGAUGCUUCUAUAAAGCACAUAAUAGAAUCCAAUAAUACCAACACAAGCAAGACCCAAGUUCAAAACAAGCUGAAUUUUGGGAGGGAGACCAGCUUUGAUUAUCAAUUAGGGGAAGCAAGUAAGGUAUCACCUAAAUCACAACUGCAUGAGAUUUGUGCGGCCAACAAUUGGAAACCGCCUUUGUUCGAAUGCUGCAAAGAUGAAGGCCCUUGCCACCUCAGAUUGUUCACGUUCAAGGUAUUAGUGGAGAUUAAAGGGGCAACAACGGAGGUGAUAUUGGAAUGUUUUGGUGGGCCAAGGCCCAAAAAGAAGGCAGCAGCAGAUCAUGCAGCUGAAGGAGCAUUAUGGUACUUGAAGCAUCUUGGUUAUUUUCCAAUAAAGAAGUGGCAGAAAAGAAAUUAGGAUACUUCUUAAUUACAUUUUAGUCCAUCCCAUCAAUUUGUACAGAACAUUUCUUAGAUAAUAAUAUUGUUAUUAAGAGAGGAA